UGGCCGGGCCGGGCUGCCGGGUCGUACUCCGGCGGCGACCGUGGCAGCCCCGGCGGAGCGACCCCGGGGUUAUGCGCUGGGGUGAUGGUCACGCCGGCCGGCGUUUGGUUCCUCCCGCGCCUGGGAGGGAGCCCUCUCCUCGGUCUCCUUCUCCUGCUGCUCUGCUCCGGCGGCAGGUGCCUGCCGCGCCGCCGGCCCGCGGGACCGCCCGUCGUGCUGGUUCCAGGGGACUUAGGUAAUCAGUUGGAAGCAAAGUUAGAUAAGCCAUCAGUUGUGCACUAUCUCUGCUCUAAGAAGACAGACAGUUAUUUCACACUCUGGCUGAAUUUAGAAUUGCUUCUGCCCAUCUUCAUUGACUGCUGGAUUGAUAAUAUCAGGUUGGUAUAUAAUCGAACAAGUAAAGUUACAGAACCACCAGAUGGAGUGGAUAUCAGAGUCCCAGGUUUUGGGCAGACAUUUUCCUUGGAAUUCCUUGACCCAAGUAAAAGAAGUGUUGGCAGUUACUUUUAUAUGCUGGUGCAGAGUUUGGUAGAUUGGGGCUACAAACGUGAUGAAGAUGUAAGAGGAGCACCUUAUGACUGGCGAAAGGCACCAAAUGAGAAUGAAGACUAUUUUGUUGCCCUUCGCAAGAUGAUAGAGUUAAUGUACGAGCAGUAUGGAAGUCCUAUUGUUUUAAUAGCCCAUAGUAUGGGUAACAUGUACACCCUCUACUUCCUCAACCACCAGACUCAGGAUUGGAAAGACAAGUACAUAAAGGAUUAUGUGUCUUUAGGUGCUCCCUGGGGAGGAGUGGCUAAAACUCUCCGUGUGCUGGCUUCAGGUGACAACAACAGAAUACCUGUGAUCAGCUCGCUGAAGAUCAGAGACCAGCAGAGAUCAGCAGUUUCCACAAACUGGAUGCUCCCUUACAACUACACGUGGCCUCCAGACAAAGUCUUUGUGAGCACACCUGCAGCUAACUACACUCUUCGGGAUUACCGAAAAUUCUACAGGGACAUCAAUUUUGAAGAUGGUUGGCUCAUGAGACAAGACACUGAACCCCUGGUUUACCAGAUGACACCUCCUGGUGUGCGCAUACACUGUCUCUAUGGUACUGGCGUUGAAACACCCGAUUCUUUCCACUAUGAGAGUUUUCCUGACAAAGAACCCAAGAUUUUUUACAGUGAUGGAGAUGGUACAGUAAACUUACAGAGUGCCUUGCAAUGUCAGAAGUGGGUGGACAUGCAAAAACAGAAAGUGGUGGUAUUGGAGCUUUCAGGAAAUGAGCAUAUUCAAAUGCUGUCCAAUAAUACUACUAUCUCCUAUGUGAAAAAGCUGCUCUUUGAUUUGUGGUGAAUUGUGUUGACAUAUUCUCCUCACCUGUGAUGCCUUCCCUUAAUUAUGGGGAAAUGCCUUUUAAUCCCUUGAUAUUUAGGUAUCGGAAAUAUUUAUUUUGUGUUUUUGGUUUUUUUUAAGGCCUUGUUCCAGAAGUUCUUUGGUGUUCUAAAUGAUUGUUUGUCUCUGAUUUGUGUUUAUGAUGCCUCAUGGUAUUUUGACAUUCUGCAGAUUCGGUCAAAUAUGCAUUUUGGUGCCUCUCGUGCUGUGUCCAAUGUUCAUACAGUGUUUCACUCAGAGAUUGUGCAGCACCUUCCUUGCACACAUGACAUAGAAUAACAAACACCCGAGUUCCUCUGUGUGAUCUUCGCAGGGUUUGGAGUGAGAGUUAGGAAGGACUGCAAUUUCAAAUGCUUGGAGAACAAGAAAGGAUGCUAAUUUGGGAAGCACAGUGAAGUUAAAAAAACAUCUUGUAUAUUCUGAUUCACAGUUCCCAGUACCUUGGGUUGUAAAUGUGCAGAUCUACUUGGUAAGAUAGGGAAGGGUAUUGCACUGCCUUUGUCAUACCCAGCCUUUCAUUACAUACUCCACACUCCUUUUGGGAAAAGAGGUGUGUGAAUUACAUGAAGCUGCUUAUUGGGUACCUUUUUGGUUUUCAGUGCUUUGGUUUGUUUUUUUUUUUUAAGGAAGAAAAUGUUUGCUUAUCAACUUCCACACCUUGAUUUAUAAUCUGGAGUCUGAGGAAUUGUGCUUUAUUUAUCAGGGAGGAAAAGAAGCUAAACAGUGGCUGGUGCUUUCAAUGACUGUGUGGAGUAGCACAAAUUAAAGCUAAAUUAAUUGAAUACUGGCAAACAAUCCAUACAGUGCAAAAUUGCAUUUGUGAGUGAAAAAUUAUCUCCUGUUGUGGGAAUUAUAAUCUGUGUUGUGGGAAUGAUAAUCUAUGGUGGGCAUAAACUCAAAGAAAAGUGAACUUCCUGAAAUUGUGUGGGAAAUGGAAACUAAAAUAAUAGUGUGAAGUACAAACCUUGUUCUCAGUCAAAUAGUUAUGCUCUGAUCCAGUUACUGACCAAGUAGUGAUUGGAGCAACAUUGCAUUCAGCUGAAAAGAAGCUUUACAUUUUAAGAAUGAAAUUCACUUCCCAUAGACUAAAUAUCAUUAUCACUGUUUUCAUAAGCUGUUCCUUAAAUGUUUAUAUAAAUUGCUAAAACAUGCAACUCUUUCAAUUUCCUACAGUAUUGUUUUAACUCAAUGUUUAAAAAAAAAUUUCAACUGAUUGCCACAAAAAAUACAGCUUAGAGGCCAUCAUAUUUACAACCGUGAUUACAAAAGUGCUGUUGGAGAAAUAGUUUCACUUGAAGAUUCUCUUGCUUGCUUUAAAACCAGUCACCCAGUUAGAUUGCACUUAGUUUUCUGAAAACACAAUUUUGAAUGCUUUCAAAAUGCUAGGUCCUCCAAGAGAAAUGCUUCAAGAGUUUCAGAAACUUAUCAGAAGUACUGAGGAUUCAUUGAGGAUUUCAUUCCUUAAAGUGAAGUUGUCUAGAGAGCAAAGCUUUUAAAGUAUUUUGGGAGCAUGCAUAAAAUGUUUGCUGCCAUGAAGUGUGUCAGUGAGAUGUGUUGAAAUAACAGGCUUGAACUCCUUACUACUGUAGAAUGCAAGCAUUUUGGCCCAGGAAGCAGGUUUAAGGCUUUUUAAGUUAUAAUUCAGAAAUGGCUUGCAAAUUGAGAAUGACUUGAUCUGGGGCCAUGCAUAAGCUAAAUAUCUUCUGAGGUUUUAACUUCUUUAUGGAGCUUCAUUUCUCCCCCUGCAUUUUCCCUAUUACUGUUGUUAAGGGAGAGGACAUAUAUUCCUAAUUUUAAAAAGUAAAUGUUUAUCUUGUCAUCAGUUGCCCAGGAACCUAAAGUUCAGCAGCAAUAUUGCCCAGACUUUUCCAAAGUACUGAGAUGCCCCAUGUAAUUUGUAAUUACCAAUUGUUAAAAUGAAACAAAACAAGCAAACAAAAAGCAACAAAAAAACCCCACAAGAAAAGCCCUUUAGCUGAGUGUUAAGUUUUAUGCAGGGCUGACAGCUGGAUAAGCUUCAAGAGUGUGUUCCAAGAUUGCUCAAAGUUAAAGCUCUUCCUGUGGUCUGACUCAAUUUUUAAAUGCAUUUCUAUGUUACAGAAGAAAUUACAGAAAGCAGCUUAUCACAAUCUAUUUCUUGCUAAAGUAGAGUGCUUAUUAAUAGGCACUGGAAGGAGCAGAACUGGAGGCUGUAUUACAGGCUGCUAAGAAGUUUGUGAAGGGCUGAAAAAAUGAGAAGUUUCUGGAGAAAGUUUCUAAGCUUCAUUUAGAUCCUUACCUAUUAAUUGCUGGCAUUUUUGGUCUCAUGCAAAGAGUUUAGUUUCAGGAUUCUUUGUGAUUUAAAGUUCCAAAAUUAUUCCAAACAAUGGGGUUUUUUAGAUUUUUUUUCCCCUUUGCUACUUUUUGAAUACUACAUCUUGUGCCUCAAAAGAAAAAAAUCAUCUCAUUCUCUUUAAUUUUGGCAACUUAGUACAUGGUUUCUGAGAUCAGCUGACUGGGUCUUUUAACCUAAAGGUUGGUAAAUUAACAUUCCAUUAAUAGGCAAGCUCAAGAGUGUGUCUCUUUAAAUACACUUGUGUUAAUUAACAUGGUGGUAUAAAUCGGGCUGAAAGUUUUCCAGGGCUGCUUUUAUUUGGUUUUAUGUUUGUCACUGUUAAGCUUUGUUGUGCAAGAAUGUGCAUAUUUGAGUUGUAAUUACUCUAAGUUAGGACAAGCCCUGUGCUUCUGUUGGGGGUUUGAUUGGAUGAGAUGGCUUCUGCAGACAAUGUCUUCUGUUGCUUUAUGUCCAGAACUUUUUUUUUUUCUACCAAAUCACCUUCAGCCCUCUCAUUUUCAGUUUCUCAGCAGGGUGAGAAGUGCUUACCCUCCAUGGCAUGUUUCUCUACAAGGCAAGAGUGUCUGGCAUUACUGUUACUGGCCUGCUAGAGCUCUGUGCUCUUGAGCAUUCUAUAUUAUUGUGGGUUGAGAGGUCUUGAAGAAAGAAUUUUUGAAAGGACAACGUGGUGCUUUUUGAAGAGGAAUAACUCAGGUGCUUUGCCACACUGCAUGGGUGAAAUGUUUGAAUUUACCAACAUAUCUUUGUUAUAUAUAACAUGUAUCAAUCACUCUCUCUUUUCAUGACCUUUACUUGGUUUUAUUCUUCUAGAAUACUUUCAGAAGCCAAAAAUAGUCUUGAGGACCAAAUGUGGUUUUUUUUUUCAACAAAAUGUAUAGAAAAUACUGAAGAAGCUUUCGCUGUAAUUUUAAUACUUCUGAAGAGGUUCAGAGUCACUAUGUGAUUCUGUUUAAGAACAGAAGGCUUCAAUAACUAGCAAUAAUUGCAAAGGAUUUGCAGACCAAAGGAAGGAAUGUUUGGUAUUAAGGUAGUUCUUGGAGCACACAAUGUGUUCAAGGCCCUCCUAAAUUCAGGGAAUGUUUGGCAAUGACUUUGCUGCUCUACACUAACAGUAUUUUGUAUGGAACAUUCUGAGACCUAGCAUUUUAUAUGCUCUUUUUUUUGUGUAUGAAUGUUCAAUAGAUUUUGAAUAUUUUAUUGUCAGACUUUGAUAACAUAAUAAAGUUGAUCUAAUACAGCUUGUCUCCUGA